GAUCAUGUGACUAGUGACGUCACCAACCUUCUUCUAACAACUCCAUUCUAGCAGCUACUCUGGUUGUCGGUGCUGUAGACUGGUAGCGCGGAGAGCCGUUGCCAUGCAGAUGCAUUUCGUUUUCUCGGACAAUGUGACCCUGUUGUUUGAAUUCUGGACGGUGCAGACCCUGGCAGGUCUUAUACUCUCAUUCGUGGUCGUCCUGUUCCUCACCAUUAUCUAUGAACUUUCCAAGGUAUGGAAAUCCAACCUUCUCAGCAGGGUUCUCCAGACGCUACCGUUGACACCAGAUUCAGAUUUUUGCCCCCCACUCAUCUCAGACUCAGAGGCUAACUUGCCAGCGGCUUCUGACUCCUUGAUCCCCCCUGAUCCCUCGUCUUCUGGGGAGGACUCUGUUCCUCCUGUGCAGUUCUCUACCUCUUCUAACUGUCGGUGGUGGCUCCUGCACUCUUCUGUUGCCCUCCUGCACUCCGCCCAGGUCUCUCUUGGAUACUUGUUGAUGUUGUGUGUCAUGUCCUACAAUGCCACCAUCUUCAUAGCUGUGGUUCUUGGCUCCGGUCUUGGAUACUACGUGGCGUUCCCUCUUCUUGCUAAAUACCCAAAGCCUCACAUUUUAUAGAGGACUUCCCAGCGUCAUGAGCCCUGCUGAAUGGGGUAUGUCUUCCAAACAUGGCUACAGAAGCUGUUAUGGACAAUUACUUCUCCAUAUACUGUACCUAAAGUGGCACAUGUUGGUCACAGCUUUUAUACAUGUUCUUGAGCUACAAUUUCCGUCACACACACUCCUGCACUGCCAGAUAAUCCACCACUCCUUGGCGGUAACCAGUAUAACCAGUUAAAUGUUUUACCUGUACACUUCUAACUACUGGGGUAGGAUACCUCAGGUGUGGUGGCCUUCCAUAUUUCAAGUGUACUGGUUGCCUCAUAAAAACAAGUAGUUUUACUUGGCUAUGUUCCUUAUAUACUUCCAUAUGUGGUGCAAGGAUCACCUAUAGAAAAUAAUUUGUGCCAGAUAAUUUUUUUACUGAGCUGCUUUGACACUUGCACACUGGAGAUCCAUUUCCAAAAAUGGGAAGAGGAAAAAUGUCCCAAACCCUUUGCAAGACGAUCCUGUUGCUGCUAGUGAAAAAGCAUCCUAAGGGCUCAUGCACACACCAUACGGCACUUAGGGUUCACCCUAACAUGGCAGCACAGAGGUACAGUGUGGGCCCGUAGACUUACUGCUCCGUGCAAAAGCCGUAAAGCUGCAUCUUCACUUGGGUUCAGGGUUUUCAUUCUCUCGUCAAUCCUUAAAGGGUUAUUCCAACUUUAGGCAACUUUUUAUUUUGGGCUAGUACUGCGCUGUACCUAUUGGACGGGGUCACGUGUGCCACUGCAGCCAAUCACUGUGCCUAGUGGUGACAUGUCCCCAACCAGCACGCCACUUGGGGACAGCACCGCAGGGGCCAGUACUUGGCUGCAGAGGUGCACACGACCCUCUCUGGAUGUGUACAUGCAAGGGUAUGGAAAAGAGGAGCCUCUGUGCUGGAAGACAGGUGAGUGUAUUCCUUUCUUUAGGCAUAGAAAGUAAAUAUUGCCUAAACGUGGAAUACCCCUUUAAUUAAAUAAUUUGGAAUGGAGCCCAGAGGAACUUUUUGGGAAUGUCCUUUAGUUGGGUUGCUUUCCCAUUUUUGCACACCAUUGCAAUCAAUAUUUUUGUGCCAAUGCAUCUAAAGUGAAAAAUAAAGCAACUUUGCAAUAGGCCUAAACUUCCUAUUCUGUGUAUACAGCUCCCGUGCAAACCUAUGUGUCUCCAUGUUAACUCUGUGCAGUCAUGCUUUCCUCCAUCAGUCCCCUUCCUUUAUAGUUACCUACUUGAAUGCUUGUUAGCAUAGAGUUGGGCUCAGAUGGAAGAAAGUAUGGCUGCAGAAUGACUACAUAGGGUUUGUCGGGUGUUUGUUACCAUGGAGAGGUUUACACCUAAAAUAAAAAAAUGUAUGAAAAGAUUGUGAAGUAAGGGUACUUUCACACAUGCGUUGCUGGAUUCUGCAAUCUGUAUGCAAACAGAUCACAUUUGUAGAUAGAUCCGGAUGCGGAUCAGU